UUUAUAUGAUCCGGUUUAAUCGGUUAAUAAGAGUGGCGGAAAGAGAAAAAAAAGCGGCGUAACUAAAAACACGACACGAUGAUGAAUUCGGCGUUUCGAAACGUUCACUUCACUGCGUCUCGUUUGAUAAACCCUAAGCCCUUUUCUUCUUCGAUUCUCCAUUUUCUUCCUCUCUGUUCCGGCGACGUUUCUCAUCGGCGUUCCAAUCCUCUCCGGCAUCGAAACUCGGUGUCUCCUUCUUCUUUUUCUUCUUUCUACAUUCCUAUGGCGGGAGGUGAUGGUCAGGUGUCUCUUUCGCUUGAGAAACAGUUCGAGAAUUUCCGUGUUCAAUUGGAAGAAUCUGCAGCUUUGAGAGAGCAGAUUCGUGCUGUGGUUAUGGAGAUUGAGUCCGCUACUAGGCUCAUUCAAGCUAAUCUUGUUCUCGUUCAUCAAUCGCGACCUAUUCCUGAGGUUAUCGAGAAAGCCAAGGAAAAAAUUGUUGAUUUGAAGAAGUUUUAUGGUCGGCUUGCUGAAAUUCUUCAGAAGUGUCCUGGACAGUACUAUAGGUACCAUGGAGACUGGAGAAGUGAAACACAGGCAGUGGUCUCACAGCUUGCUUUUAUGCACUGGCUAGAAACUGGAACUCUUCUUGUGCAUACGGAAGCUGAAGAAAAACUUGGGUUGAACAGUUUAGAGUUUGGAUUGGAGACAGAAGAUUAUCUGACUGGAAUUUGUUUCAUGUCAAACGAUUUGCCUAGGUACGUAGUUAAUCGAGUGACAGCAGGAGACUAUGACUGCCCAAGAAAGGUGAUGAAUUUCUUGACAGAUCUUCAUGCAGCCUUUCGCAUGCUCAAUCUCAGGAACGAUUUCCUGCGCAAGAAAUUCGACAGUAUGAAAUAUGACCUAAGAAGAGUUGAAGAAGUUUACUACGAUGUUAAGAUCAGAGGUUUGAUUUCCGCUGGAGAUCAAGAAAUCCAAGGCCAGUCCUAAGAAGUCUACACUCGUAUCUGCUCUUUACUCUCAUCUCUUAUAUGACUUGGUUUAGCUCAGCACUUCAAAUGGCAAGGAGUGCUUUUUUGUAAAACAUAAACGGCUAGUGUUCCUUUUGUGGGCCUUGAGAAGCCCAUGUUUUAUGCUUUUUAGUUAGAUAACGUCUACUAUGUGACAUGAGUCAAUUAACGGCGUCAAAAGAAGCGUAACUUUACCGUUAUCCGAGUCAGCAGCUUAAUAUAACAGUAGAUGUUCAUGAA